ACCGUGGACGCUCUUGGCUCAAGACCUCAGCAGGCGAAGGGGGGGAGGGCCCCGUUUCGGGCCCCUCCUCUGGGGCGAGGCGGGCGCGCGCACGCCGCCGCCGCCGAGUGAGGCUUGGCAGCAGCGCGGGGCAGCCGGCCAGCCGCUGCGGCCAUGGCGGACACGGUGCCCAAGCCGAGGACGCAGCGCACCUAUUCGGACCCGGACCUCCCGCAGCUCAUCAAGCUGCCGGUGCGGCCCAGCUCCAGCUACGAGUCCCGCCCGCAGGCAAAGGAGGAGCUGUCCUUCACCCCGGAGGUGGUGGCGGCCAUGGAGGGGAAGCUCGGGCUCGACGUGAACAAGUACCCUUUGCCGCCGAAACUUCCGCUGGGUGAUCCGCGAUUGCCUCAUCGCGCUGCGGGACGAGGGCUACGCGUGCGCCGUCGACGGCGGGGACCUGGAGUAUGUCUACAUUCGGCGGCUCGAAGGUGGAGCCCGGGGGGAUGGGGGCCCCUGAGGACAAGAGGUGGUUCACGGGCCGAACCCUCGCUAAUCUGAGGGUUCUCGUCCUCGGGGCCCCAUCCCAGCGCACAGGGCCCCAUCCUUGAGCCGCCAGCGCAUGCACACGCAGGAGGCGCGCUCCUGGCACCCGAUUGUCGAGGCACACAGCAAGCUCGCGGAGAGGCUCAUACACGCCGAGCUGGAGCUGAAGAUGAAGCGGUUGGACCCCCACUACCGGGUGAAGCAUCUGGUCUAUCUAGCGAUUCUCGGCGAGAAGGAUUGCAGGGUUGUGACCACCCCCCGACUGGUCGAGGAGAUCAUGGACCUCAUGGACGUAAACCCUGGGGACGAGCCGUUCCUGAUCCCGAGGGUCAAGACCGCCAUUGAGGACGCGUACUUCCACAUGAAGGAGGUCGGCAUGUCCAACCUCACAAUAGACAGCUGCAUUGAUGUGGAGUCCCUCAUGGUGAAUCUGGAGCUCGAUCGGGUGGGUUUCAUGAAGAAGAUUUCUCCGACAGGGUUGCUGUACUGCGUCGAGACGCAGACGGCCCUCGCAGACGUGAUAUCCACCGGCUCGCACGACGUGUUCUGCUCUGCGGCCGCUGUCGAGACUCACUCCACUGGCAAGAGACAGGAUGUGCCCCUGGUUUUCUUUGAGCAGUCCGUUUGUGCCGAGUGCGAGGCAAGAGCAGCCGACGUUCGCUGCCAGGACUGCGUCGAGAGUUUCUGCUACGAUUGCUUCAAGACGACGCACGCACGCGGCAAGAGGCAGAAGCAUUGCGUUGGUCUCCCGCAGAGGACAUUCUGUGCGGAGUUCCCCGAGUGCGAGGCCUCGUACGUCUGCUUCCAGACUGACGAGGUGUUGAGCACGAAGGCCGUCGCCAGGAUGCGCAGGUCUCCAGCUCGGCAGAACUUCACGCUGUUCGGUCUCCGCAAGGCUGCUUACAGCAAGAAGCUGUUCGCCAACAAUCUGGACCGCCUGAUGGGCAUCAUGCAGAACCACGUGGAAAGGGCGUACCCGCUCACUCCGUGGUACAUAUUCUACGACACAGCUGGAGCACCGUACUGGUACAACUUCCAGACCAAAAAACAGGUCAGGGCAGACCCGAACAACCUGGUGGAGCCGCCGUCAGACAAGCCGACCAACGAGGACGACGACGAGCUCAGCAUCCCCGACGCCGCGGACGAUCAGAUGGCGAUGGGCCUGCCCGGAUCAACCAACAUCAAGGAUACCCACGCCGCCCGCUUCGCGUCGCAGGCGGCAUGCUUCGACGUGCCCCUGCCGAUGCACGUGAAGUUCGCGCCCCCGCAGUACUGACGGGCCCCGAGCCGCUGUCGACGGCGGCGGCGGGGCGGGCCCACCGCGCGGGCGCUCCCCGCAGCGGAGGGCCUCGCCGCGCGCGCCGCUGCGACGCGCCGGCCCCGCUCUCGGCGGGCAGCAGCUGGCCCCGGAGGGGCGCCGACCACGUGUGCGAGUCCAGGCCUCCCAAUGGGGUCGGCACAGUCCCGCCCGAGCCGAAGCCGCGUCACUGACCCGAAACCCGCUUCAGGCCAAGCGAGCCUGGGGCAAACAUCACCGGCCCUUCGCCGGGGUGACAUCUUCCAGGCCUCUCAAGAAGCCUCUAGUAAGGAGCUUCUCUCGGCGGCGCGCCCGGGGGGGAGUGAGAAGGGGAAGGCCUUCUCAGGCGGCGGCG